CGGCACGUUAGGCGCGACUUGCUCCUUUUUUUGCAUAUACUCUCAUUUCUUGGUUUAUACUCAUGUUCUACUCAGAGGCGAUUCUUGCACGGCGUGGUCCGUUGGCCAGAGUAUGGCUCGCCGCGCACAUGGAGCGGAAGCUCUCCAAGACCCAGACGCUCCAGACGGACAUUGAGGAGUCAGUUGGUGCGAUUAUGGGACAGGAAGUUGAGAUCAUGGCCCUCCGGCUCAGUGGUCAACUCUUGUUGGGUGUUGUUCGCAUCUAUAGCCGCAAGGCGAAGUAUCUCCUUGAUGACUGUAAUGAGGCAUUGUUAAAAAUCAAGAUGGCGUUCCGCCCGGGUAUUGUUGAUAUGACAGAAGACCAGUUGACUGUCAACAAGAAUGCUAUUACCCUUCAAGAGAAUAACAUUGACCUUGACCUCCUCCUUCCUGAUUUAAAUUUCGACUUUGACUUUGAAGACAGACCUCGUGCUCAAGGCGGCCAGCACAUUGCACGCCAGGCGGAUAUCACACUUGCGUCAGCCAACGAUUUUCAACUUGAUUUUGAUGAUCACAGAUUCGACAUAGACAUAGGAGGGGACGGAAUCGGUUCUCAAGAUAUAGAUGAUUUGGGAAUUGACUUUGGAGACGGGCCUGCUGGUCCAACCGGAGACGACACAAUGAGCGUCGAAGUCGAGGUCGGUCGUGACGCUGCAGCGAUGCGCUCGCCAAGAGAAUCAAUUGGUUCGCACCUCCUUGGGAAAGACGUGGAUAUGGUAUCUGUCAGAAGUCGUGAAGCAUCCGAGCAUCCAUUUGGGGGUGGAAUGGACUUUGAUUUCGGUGGAGAUAUUGGCAUGAUUGACGAUUUGGGCAUUAAUUUUGGAGACGGUGCUGCCGAAGUUGCGCCCUUGGGUGAUGCUGCUGGGCUUGAAGCUGCCAGAAGAUCACCGUCAAGAGUUUCAUCUCGUCUCACUACGCCUCCUCCUACGCCUCCCCCUGUUGACCCAAACGUGACUCCCCGAGCUGGUGAAGCCGCUGAGCAAGAAAACCAGGAUUCUACUAAGAAGAGGAAGUUCUUGAACAAGAAACAAAUCAUCGAUCAGGUGACAGAACUAGAGGAUGGACCGGGGAUGAAUCUUGGCCGUGCUAGCCAAGUGGACGUCAGUGAGAUCGUCACCAAGCAACAGUUUCUCCCUCGUUCUCGUAGUGUGAUGCGUCUUCUGGAAAUCCGACAAGAUCCACUGGCACAUUUCGUACCGACAAAGACAACGGCGACCGGUGUGUAUUUCUGUGCUGGUCCUCCUGGUUUGGCACCGGAACUUGCAGAGAUGUUCAUGCGCCCCGUUACGAACAUUCUUGCAUCUAAACGCCGUGAUACGUCACCAGAUAAGCCGAACAAAAAAGCUCGACUGGACAAGGAGAACAUUGAAGAAGAGGUCGAACAGGCUCGUCGUGCUGGGAGUCCUGCACCUAGUGCUGUUCUCGGCAGCGACGUACUGCGUCAUGGAGACCUGGAUCACGGAGGUUUCGACUUUGGAGGAGACCAGACUGGGACGAUGGACGACUAUCAGUUCGACGUUGAUAACAUUGAUUUAGGUGGACCAGCCGAUUUGGAACGGGCUCGAUCGAAAAGCCGGUUCUCGACGCCUGCUGUUGAUGGAGAGAUGUUCGACGAGACCGGAGAGACGUUCGCGGAUUCUAGUUGUCCGAUUGCUAUGUUUGAUGAUCGGCCGUCCCAGCAGCAGAGUCAGCAGGAGGCUGCGGAACAGGAUGGGAAGGGGUAUAGCCGGACGACCGUUAAGGCGUUGGCUGUUAUUCGGAAAGAGCUUCAGCCGAGUGCGGGUGAGAUUGGUAAAGUUAUGAGUUUCCAGCAGAUGUCACAUAAGGCAUCGCGUCGUGCGGCUGCGUCGUUCUUCUUUGAGUUGCUUGUCUUGGGGACGAGGGAUUGCGUUAAGCUUUCGCAGAGUGGGCCGUAUGAGAAUAUUGAGAUUCGGGCGAAGGAUAGGCUUUGGGAGCGGCAGAGGCAUACUAUGUCGGCGCCGCAUUCUACUGCUACGAGUACAUGAGCUGUUUACACGACCUGUAUACUCCUUUACCUUUAAUUUGUUUGCGACACCUACUCUUUUUUUUACGCACACAUUUUGUCUUGCUUGCAACUGCGACACAUUCUUCACAUUUCUUGUAUAGCUAUUAUUGUUCUUUUUUGUUCUGUCGCUCGUCUUACUCUGGUUGUGUCUCGAUUUGUCUAUUUCUUAGCCCUACGAUCUAUCAUCCGUACUGAGUGUAAUGCUCUUCGUUUAUGACGUGUAUACAAUAUAGUGAAUUCAG